AUGGACAUAUUUGUGUCGAACAGAAACCGGCCGUGGACACACGUGUCCGAUAAGAACGGACCGGCUCAAAGUCCAAAGCGCGGCGCCUCUCAGUCCGCGGCUCACUUCCUCCGCGGCGGCGCAGAGUUCGGAGCUCGGACCGGACGGACGGACGGACGGACGGACGGACGCUGUCCGGUGACUCAUGGAGACGCUCCGCCGGCACCGGGAGCAGCAGCCGGUGGUCACGGCGGGCACCGACGGGUCCGGACCGCCGCCGGCGUCAGCCUGCGCGCGCUGACCGGCUGCGUGCUGUGCGUCCUGAUCGUGUCCACGCUGCUCGGGAACACGCUGGUGUGCGCCGCCGUCAUCAAGUUCCGCCACCUGCGCUCCAAAGUCACCAACUCGUUCGUCAUCUCUCUGGCGGUGUCGGACCUGUUCGUGGCGGUUCUGGUGAUGCCGUGGCGCGCGGUGUCGGAGGUGGCGGGGAUGUGGCUGUUCGGCCGGUUCUGCGACACCUGGGUCGCCUUCGACAUCAUGUGCUCCACCGCGUCCAUCCUCAACCUGUGCAUCAUCAGCAUGGACCGGUACUGGGCCAUCUCCAGCCCGUUCCGCUACGAGCGCAAGAUGACGCGCCGGUUCGCCUUCGUGAUGAUCGCGGUGGCCUGGACCCUGUCGGUUCUGAUCUCCUUCAUCCCGGUGCAGCUCAACUGGCACCGCGCGGACAACUCGACGGCGCGCAGCCCGGAGGACUGCACCGCCAGCCUGAACCGGACCUACGCCAUCUCCUCGUCGCUCAUCAGCUUCUACAUCCCGGUUCUGAUCAUGGUCGGCACGUACACGCGCAUCUUCCGGAUCGCGCAGACCCAGAUCAGACGGAUCUCGUCCCUGGAGAGAGCCGCGGGGCCCCGUGCGCAGAACCGCCGGCACCGCGCCUCGACGCACGACGAGAGCGCGCUCAAGAGCUCGUUCAAGCGCGAGACCAAGGUUCUGAAGACCCUGUCCAUCAUCAUGGGCGUGUUCGUGUUCUGCUGGCUGCCCUUCUUCGUGCUCAACUGCGUGGUUCCGUUCUGUGAGCCGGACCGGCUCGGGGACGCGCCGUGCGUCAGCGACACCACCUUCAGCAUCUUCGUGUGGUUCGGCUGGGCCAACUCGUCCCUGAACCCGGUCAUCUACGCCUUCAACGCGGACUUCCGGAAGGCGUUCAGCACCAUCCUGGGCUGCAGCCGGUACUGCUCCAGUUCGGCGGUGGAGACGGUGGACUUCAGCAACGAGCUGGUGUCCUACCACCACGACACCACGCUGCAGAGGGACGCCGGCCCGGUACCGGGGCCCGGAGCGCAGAGGCCGGUUCCGCCGCUCCACACCGGAGGAGAACCGGAUCCGAACUGUGACCGCGUGUCCGUGGUGUCGGACGGAAACCUGCUGCUUCCCGCCAUCCUGCAGUACGAGGCGGAGAUCUCUCUGGACCUGCUGCCCUUCAGCCCGUCCGGAACCGCCGACUGCUACGGGAUUCCGGGUCAGAUCCAGGACAUGUGA